AAUGCAAGACGAUCGCUAAUCACACCUUCCUCGAAUUCUGAUCGUUGUCGACACUCAGGAAGCUGCGUCGUACUCUAGCGGCAUGCGCUGAGAAAUAUACAAAGCGCGCCGACAAGUAUCGCGCGCUGAAGUGAGAAUCUCGCCAAGAUGGCUUCCAAAGCGGCUCGACUGGGCGAAGAAGUCUGGAAAUCCCGUGUGGAGAAGAUCAACGCUGAAGUAGUCACACUUACCUACGGUACCAUCGUCGCACAACUAUGCCGCGACUUGCUGCAACCUCACAGUGCCACGAAGACGGACUACGCCGCUGUGAAUGCCGAGCUGGAACGCAUGGGAUACAACAUUGGCUUGCGCUUGAUUGAGGACUUCCUCGCCAAAGCCAGCACUGGCACCUGUCAAAAUUUUCGGGACACUGCGGAGCUUGUGUCCAAGGUUGGUUUCAAGAUGUUUUUGAAUGUCACACCAGCGGUGACACAGUGGAGUGGCGACGGCAAGGCUUUCACAUUGGUGUUCGAGGAGAAUCCUUUGGCGGAGUUCGUGGAGUUGCCGGACGAUGGACGAGCACAGGAGGAGCUGUGGUACAGCAAUAUAUUAUGUGGAAUCUUGAGAGGAGCAUUGGAAAUGGUCCAAAUGCAGGUCGAUGUUCGCUUCACAAGCGAUGUGCUUCGAGGAAAUGACACGACUGAGAUGCGCGUUACGCUAUUACGAUUCCUCGAGGACGAAUUACCGCCGGAUGAUGACUGAUAUCUAGUUAUAGAAAACCAGGUGAUGUUCCUUAUGAUGCUAGAGAAAGAUUCAAGUCUCGUGAUGGCCUCCAACAUGGGAAGGUAACGAGCAGGGUAGUUGAUGUCCGGCUAUGGUUUUGUGGCAUUCAUCCUUCGACAGUUUAGUGACGUCUGAGCCAAGGAGGAUCGCUCUUCCCAGACACCCAUACAGAUUACACCUCAAAACCUCUUCCAAUCAAGUUGAAUCCUGAAGCCUCCUCGAUUAGGCAGA